AUGGAGCGAGUGUUUUUCCCCGCUCUCGCUCUAGGCAUCGCCACCCAUGUCGUCUACAAUCGGUAUGAACCGAACAGCGCGAACACUGUUAUUCCGGUGCUAUUUGCUCUCCCACCCGCACUUGUUUCUCUUCUCAAUUUGCCGCUUUCCAUCGCAAAUCUCAGUUCGAGCUAUUUCACGUUUCUCACCUCACUCAGUCUUUCGAUUGUCAUCUACCGGCUUUCCCCAUUUCACCCACUCGCGCAGUAUCCAGGCCCCGUCCUCUGCAAAAUCACUGAGCUCUGGACGGUUUGGGUGGCUUAUACUGGCUACCAACAUCGAUAUUUUAAAAAGCUCCAUGACCACUAUGGGCCUUUUGUUAGAACAGGCCCGAAUGAGCUUUCCAUCAUCGAACCACAGACCGUCUCUCAGAUUCUUGGUGUGGGGGGACUGGAUAAAGGUCGCUACACUGAUGCUACUCAGCCUCCCGAUGCACCGCGCACUGUCGUUACAAUAUGGGGCGAAGGGCAUACUGCCAAGCGUCGGGUUUGGAAUCGCGCCAUGACCUCUGCCUCACAGCGCAACUACGACCCAUUCCUCAUCAGACGCGCCAGACAGCUCAUGUCCCAUCUUUCCACAGCAGCAGAUGAUGCUGUGGACAUGGUAUUUUGGUUCGAGUUGUUCUCUUUAGACCUGAUGGGUGAUCUUUCAUUCGGCGGUCCGUUUGAAUCGAUGCAUCAAGGCAAAGACCAGGAUAGCCUCGGAGAGCGCAUUCACACGUUUACAUGGAUCUUCAGUAUCACAGGAAAGAUACCCUGGAUCCUACCGACUCUCAACCUGUUGCCACAAGUGGCCAAAAUAACCCGGGAAGCUAACGAGUAUGGGCGAACCCUAGCGAUUCGACGAAUGAAGAAUGGCCCUGGAGACGCUGGAUCAAAGGAUUUGUUCUAUCAUCUCGCCGACGAGGCUGGAGUGGAGAAUCAACGACCAACCGUUGAAGAGACUGCAGCGGACGGAAUCGUCGCCAUCAUCGCUGCAUCUGACACAACUACUUCGGCUAUGAGCAGUCUUGUGUAUUUUCUGCUCAAACAUCCCAAGACGUUCAAACUCGUGCUUGAGGAGCUUGACCGAGUCUUUCCGGAUGGUGACGACGAAGAGGCGCUCUGCGAUUUCGCCAAGCAUCAGCAAUUGGAGUAUCUCACUGCUUGCAUUAACGAAACGUUGCGAUUACAUCCACCACUUUUGUCGAAUGGUGUACCACGAGAGCUUCUCGAAGGGCAGCCGGAGCGGAUAUUUGGGGGACUCCUUAUAGAUGCAACUCUGUCUCUCAACGUUCAUCAGGAUAAUACCUCCGGGCACUACCGUCUAUAUGCCGAGCUACUCAAUGCAGCGCAGCCCAGACCACUUCUCCCAACCCGAUGA